GAAUUUGAAAUAAGCAUUAAGCAUGCACAAGUCCCGGGAUCUGCUGGCAGCUGGACCGUCCUGUUCCGUGAAAGGCUAAUAGUCAUAUACCUACCAAGGUUUUUUCCCCGUUGUCAUUCAGAGCGGAGCAGUGCACCACUAAAGCUGCCCUACAGCUGUGAGAAGUGACAAUGCAUUCAGCAAAUCAACCUGUAGACGCUUGGGGAUAAAAUGACUGGAGACCAUGGCCAGAAAGUCAUGCCAGCUCACUCCCGCUAGCAUGUCCAGCUGCAGCAAGUCUCCCCUCAUCUCUGGAGAAGGUUCUAACUCAACGGUAUGGGUGAAGAUGUUCAAAAAACAUGGAGGAGGCCUGAAGAAAUCCUAUCAGCCUGGUAGUAUGCUGUCUCUUGCCCUCACCAAAGGCCUGCUGAAUGAACCGGGACAGAAUAGCUGCUUCCUAAACAGUGCUGUUCAGUAUGACUAUCAAUAUGAUGUUUUUAAACCUUCACAGGUGCUUUGGCAGUUAGACAUUUUCAGAAGAAGUUUACGACAGCUGUCAGGUCACUUUUGUCUUGGUGAUGCCUGUAUUUUCUGUGCUUUGAAGAGUAUAUUCAGCCAGUUUCAGCAGAGUAGAGAGCGUGCCCUGCCCUCUGACAGUCUGCGAAAUGCCUUAGCUGAAACUUUUAAGGACGAGCAGCGCUUCCAACUGGGCUUGAUGGAUGAUGCUGCUGAGUGCUUUGAAAACAUCUUGGAGCGGAUUCAUUUGCACAUCGUCUCAGAUACUGCACCUGAUGAUUGUUCAUCCAAAUCCUGCAUUACUCAUGAGAAGUUUGCCAUGACACUGUAUGAGCAGUUUGUUUGUCGCGGCUGUGGUGCCUCUUCAGACCCUCACCCCUUUACAGAAUUAGUGCAUUAUGUCUCAACCACUGCUUUGUGCCAACAGGUCAAUGGAAUGAUUGGUAAGAAUGAAAAGCUGAAAUCAGACUUGUUUGGAGAAUUGCUGCAGGCAGCAAACACCAUAGGUGACCUCCGAAACUGUCCGAGUAACUGUGGUCAGAGCAUCAAGAUCUGGCAUGUACUCAUGAAUUGUCCAGAGAUUGUUACCAUUGGAUUUGUAUGGGAUGCUGAGCAGUCUGACCUAACAGACGACGUCAUCCGGUCAAUUGGCCCACACUUGAACCUUUCUGGGCUCUUUAACCGUGUUAUUGAUGAGAAAGCCAAAAGGAGUGAACUACACUUAGUAGGGAUGAUCUGUUUUUCUAGUAAACACUACUCAGCAUUUGCCUAUCACACCAAAUCUUCAAAAUGGGUGUUCUUUGAUGAUGCUACAGUGAAGGAGAUUGGCUCCAAAUGGAAAGAUGUUGCAUCUAAAUGUAUCCGAGGACAUUUCCAGCCGUUGCUUUUGUUUUACACCAAUCCUGAUGGGACUCCAAUCUCCAGUGAAGAUGCACCUAGGCAAACUACCAUGUGUUCCCGUUACAAAGCCCAAGUCAAUGGUGAGGCAGCAGUGAAAAAUCCCCUUGGCAGUCCAAAUAAAUUCCGGGAACCUUUAAUGGAAAUUGGGCAAAGAACUAGUGAGGCACUAAAAAAGGAGAGGGGGCAUCGGAGAGCUGACGCACUGCAACACAAAGAGAUGCCACACGCUAGAUCUUCAUCUCCUCUGGACAACAGACUGAGAUCACCUGCAGACCAGAAAUUAAACAGCUGUUCACGGACGGAGAAGUCAUUCAGUCACACAAGCAGAGGAUGUCCGGAGCCACACGGGCAGUCAUCUGGGGUACAAGGUGGAGGGCAGAGCUGGAGGAACAACACGUCCCUAAGUCACCACGAUCGGGACAGCAGCCAGGAGCAAUUGGAGAAAGGUGGAGGUGGAGGAAGCCGCAACAAACCCAAGUCCACAUGGAGGCCUAUUCGGGAGGUGUUAAAUGUGGACAGUGUACUGAAUGAACUGGAACAACGUCGUCAGCAGCAUCAGGACAGCCCGCGGCAAAGUAAGCCUUCUUCACAGGAGAGGAGUAACACAGAGCGAGACUGGGAACGUGAGCGGGAAUGUAUUCGAAACCGAGAGCAGAAGUGUUUAAUGACCAUCUAUGAGGAUGAGCAACGGCAUGAGACGGAGAGCCACAGCUCUGUAGAAUCAGACAGCCGGUCUAACCCACCAAGGGGCAGCAGACUUAAGAGCGGCCCCAAGACCCUGUUGCGCAGUGACACCUGGACAAUUCAGAGGACCGAAUCAGGCUACGAGAGCAGUGAUAGACUAAGCAGUGGCUCCACAAAUCCAGACUCACCUGGGGUGGACAGCUUUGCUAUUAAAGAUCAGAAACUAACUCUAGAGGCACACAUGCAAAGUCAGAACCAGCUGCAUCAAAACAGAGGCGAUGUCAAACCAAGUGCAAUGCGACCACCUUCACUUAAUGGUAAACAUCAAACCAAAACUCAGGGGAACAACUCUGACCAAGUUUCAUAUACAUAUCUGAAGUGUAGUCCAAGUUCAAGACGGAAGUCAAAAUAUAACUCGGGCAACUCAAGAAAAGUUGUAACCACAGAGCGGGAUCCCUCCACCGAUAACAGGACUGGGAAGACUCAGCAGCAAGAGAUGCCAAGCUGUAGAUUGCACCAUGAAGAGAGUGCAGCCCUGAAGCACAUCGUGAAAACCAGUAGUUCUGAGUGGAACAGUUCAGAUGAUCUUGCUCUCUCCGAGCCUGAGGAGAGGGACAGUGCCUGCUGCUCCAGCAACAGUGAGGCCGUGACCUCCGAUUCCCAGUGUUCCCGUCUGGCUCUCCCACACCACUCCCACAGAAGCAUGAUGGCAGACACUUCUCACCCACUGAGUCAGCGUCAGCUAGCUACAAUUGUGCCCCAUUACCUGAGGCCCAGCCAGCAAGUCUCUUCUCAUCAGGGUGAAACUACCCACACUGUUUUCCGCCCUCGGCAGCUUCAAGAAGUACAGAGUCCACAUCUCUCUGCCAGAGCAGCUUCAUCGUAUGCUAGUCCUCACAAAAGGGCUGAAAUUUCAGGCCACAGACCCAGCUUAGAUGGCAGCUUUAAGUCAGGCUCGGGCCCAGAGAGGAGUACCCUUUCGUCAUAUGACAGUGAGGAAAGACCAUCUGGAUGCAGAUCGACAGGAGCAGACCAGGUGGUGCCUCCCCAGGAGGUUUCUCUGACGACGUAUUUCAACGUGGACAACUGUAUGACGGAAACAUACCGCCUCAAGUACCACCACCAGAGACCUCUGGUCCUCUCUGCCACCGUGCCACGGACGGCGGGCAUGACUGAGCACAGAGACACCAGCCACACACUCUCUGUAGUCAUACACUCACAAGAUGUGCCAAAAACCAGACCUGAAACAAGCCAUAAUAGCAAUAAGCCCACAGCAAAAUGGAACCCAGUGACUGCCAAAGGACUGGAUGAUCGUGGCUUUUUAUAA